AUGACCGAAGUUGAGCAACCAGUUAUUCCAUUGCAACAAGGGAAGCUGACGACAGCACCUGGCACGCCCAAUAAUCCUGGAGAUCCGCAAUGGGUUUUGUGGGACAAAUCGCGAGAGUUUCCGAAAAAUGUUCUGCGUGGCGGAGUCGAUAUCAACGAUGAGGUCAUCUAUGUUGGUCGAGCAAUUUACAACAGAUGCCAGUUGGUAGCAAAGGUGAUCCAAACACGCGGUGUUUCAUAUGUUGCUUUUGAUGGAAAGGAAAUCGUAGUGGAAACGGUUGAAGUUCUGGUGGAUGAUGGCCGCUACUGCUGGGAGUUUGGUAAGGAUGGUGCAGUACCAGAAACGGCAGUCCAAAUCGGGAAGAGUAACAACGGUGAAACAUUGUAUGUGGGGCGUGCCAUAAUCGAAACAUCCAUGACCCCCGGAACCAUCCUACGUUUCAAAGGCGUUCUUAGUAUCCCGUUCGACAAUGUCGAGAACGAAUUUCGAGCGUAUGAGGUGCUGUGCUACAAACCUGAGGAAAAGACCCGGAGUUGUACUGACAAAUUUUUCAUCGAACUGGGUCGUGUGCAUAAAGUGCUCAUAGAGUCUCGCAACAAGAGCUACGCCCACUCCCAAACACACUGCACAGAAACUUUGCUUACUCGUUUAUUCCUCAGAGGUUCAUACAUGGGCUCCCAAGAAAACCAAAUUGACGACGGAGAAUAUAAAUGGAUACAUUGGAAAAAAGAUCGAUCGUUUCCGGAAAACAUCCUGAGAGCUGGUAUGGACGUCGGUGGCCAAGCUAUCUAUUUGGGUCGCGUUUAUCAUGACGGCCACAAACUUCCGGCUAAGGUGAUUCCUGUCGUGGAAAGAAUUUAUACAUCGUUCGAUGGGAUAGAAUAUCAAAAGGACGAUGCCUUUCUGCUGGUAGAUGAUGGUAGCUUCUACUGGGAGUUUGACAAACGGGGCAAUGUUCCUGAAACGGCAGUCAAGUUCGGUAACCUGAACGGGAGGGAUGUUUUAUACGUGGGUCGUGCUCUUCACGAGUGUUCCGAGAGUUCGGGAGCUAUUUACCCUGGUGCAGGAGUACUGCGCAUUCCCUUUGGCGGUGGCGAGGUAGAGGUUAAAGCAUAUUAUGUGCUAUGUCACAAUAAGAAAGAAAAUGUCCCUCGGUCUGAAGAAAGUGGCCCUGAACCAACACCACCUGGCUGUGCCGAUCGUUUCGUUGAGCUACUGGGUACGCUGAUUGGUCGGAUUGUAUCACGCUAGAAAGAACAUUUCAAAUCUUCACCCAUCUUUGAUCAGUCGCUAUCAUCUAAUAGUUAUAUUCUGAAAAUGUUUAUACUCUCUUUGGU